AUGCGCUACACAACCGCUAUUUCUGUCCUCGUCGCCGCCUCGGCCAGUCUGGCUUUGGCUGAUGACAGCUCGAAGUGCGCCGCGCAGAAGGUCGUCGACCAAUGUGUGACGGACAUGAAGUUCCAGCUCGAGAACUGCGACACCGGAGACUGGGAUUGCAUGUGCACGCACAGCACGGAUGUUGUGGGCUGCUAUAACAACUGCCCCGAAGACGAGGAGCGUCUAGGCGCACAACAGAUCCGGCAACAGAACUGCGCCAACGCGCGAGCCUACUCGGGCAAGACGACCGAGACCGGCCGCACGGGUGCAUCGGCGACAGCGGUGGAGAGCAUGAGCCGCAUGGCCAGCUCCAGCGCCGCACACUCCACCUCCACGGGACUGAUCAGCAGCUCUGACGAGUCGACCGCCAAUACCGAGCAGAGUGAUUCCUCGUCAGAUGAGAAGCCGUCGAAGAGUCUGACUGGGCUGUCUGCUACUUCUAGCCCGUCGCAGGGUGUUGCGGUCUCCAACCGUGUGGCGGAGACGGGGAUGUGGCUCGCUUUCUUGGGGAUGGGGCUUGGUGUUGCCCUGUAG